UCCUGGUAGUUUGCUCGUUGCGCUCCGCUCUCACCAUGUCCGAGACCGCGCCGCCCGCUCCGGCCACCUCCACUCCCCCCGAGAAGCCCGCGGCCGUCGGCAAGAAAACCAAGAAGCCGGCUAAGGCUGCGGCCACCUCCAAGAAGUCCGUGGGCCCCUCGGUGUCGGAGCUGCUCGUACAGGCGGUGUCCUCUUCCAAGGAGCGCAGCGGCGUGUCCCUGGCGGCGCUCAAGAAGGCGCUGGCGGCCGCCGGCUACGACGUGGAGAAGAACAACAGCCGCAUCAAGCUGGGCCUCAAGAGCCUGGUGAGCAAGGGCACCCUGGUGCAGACCAAGGGCACCGGCGCCUCGGGCUCCUUCAAGCUCAACAAGAAGGCGGCCUCGGGCGAGGCCAAGGCCAACCCCCCAAAAGUAGCGAAAGCCAAGGUGACGGGCGCUUCUAAGAAACCUAAAAAGGUCACAGCGGCUACUAAAAAGGCGGUCAAGACUCCGAAAAAGGCCAAGAAACCGGCUGUGGCCAAGAAGCCGUCCAAGAGUCCCAAGAAGCCCAAGGUUGUGAAGCCUAAGAAAGUAGCCAAGAGCCCCGCCAAAGCCAAGGCUGUGAAGCCCAAAGCGGCCAAGGCGAAGGUGACCAAGCCAAAGACGGCUGCGAAGCCCAAAAAGGCCGCACCCAAGAAAAAGUAGAGUUGCAGUUGGAACUUGUUCCAGUAACCCAACGGCUCUUUUAAGAGCCACCAACAUAUUUCAGGGGAAAGAGCUUUAGUACGGCGUGUAUCUCGGCUCCCACGUGGAGUUGCCACCCACUUGCGAGGACGGUUUUGGGCUAAUCCUUACCCCACACCUAUAUUAGAGACUUCCUAUAUUCUCGAUGAUGUGCCUAACCCUCCUAGGCGAAACUUCGCGGUUUGGCAAGCAGCGGCCUACUGUGCUUUCCCGCCUAGUUAACCACGUGGGCGAUACCUGGGGAGCUAAUGGUCCCCGGCUGUGCUGUAAUCCACACCUUUUCCUCCACGCGGACUAAGGUCGUGGCAGAGGCCCCGACCCGGCCCCAGCUGGAAGCGGGCGCACCUGGCGAUUGCCCUAGUUGGGUUCACAGCCGAGCCCUGCGGUAUUUGGGACAAUAGUGUUUUAAGCGGCCUUUUAUGGACUUGGGCUCCUCUGAGAAGUGCUCGUGGGGUAACCAGUGAAACCGAAUGCUUGGCCACGCCCUCCGCAAAUGCGGCGCGCCAGCUGGAUGUCCUUGGGCAUGAUGGGCACCGUCCCAUUCCACAUGGGGAAUCCUAACUACAGAGGAAACAGAUAAGGAGGCAGG